AUGGAAAAGGAAUUAUAUUCACAAUUUAUUAUUUUAUUAAAUUCUAAAAAGGAAGCCAUUAGAAAAUAUAAUACAAAUAAAAAUCAAAUUGAAGAAUUAUUUGAAAAGGAAAAAGAUAAAAAUAGAAAAUUAAAUGAAGAAAAUAAGAAAUUACAAUUACAAAUAGAAGAAUUAAAAAAACAAAUGAAAAGUAACAAAUUUAAUCAAAUGGAAUCUCCUAAAAAUGGAUAUUCUAAUAAUAAUAAUAAUAGUAAUAAUUAUCAAACACCUAGAAAACAAUCUAAAAAUGUUACAAGUUUUGAUGCAGAAGAUUUAUUAGAAGAUUUAUCAUUUGAAUAA